GCAACAGUGCAAAAGGCAUGGAAGAGAGAGUGGUAGACAGAGAGUGAGGAGAGCAAUGAGGAAGAUUUGAGAGGAGCGUCUGUGGUGUCUCAAUCGCCCCUCUGGAACUGAGCCGAUCAACCCCUUCCCAUUCCUGUUCAUCGUUGCCACUCUGUCCCGCAGUCCAAUGGCCCACUAUAACCCAGAUGACCCCCCUCCUCCAUACACCUCAGUGGUAGGACCCGUCCAGCCUCCCCUCCAAGGCUAUGAGGAGGUAGUCCAUGGAGGAGUAGCAGUGAGCAAUGUGUGGGUGACCCCCCCCAACCAGCCAUACUAUAUCCCCCAGCAGCCCCCACCAGUGGCUCCACCCUACGUUGUCCAGCAAAACCCCCUUCCCGCAGCCCCUCCGCGUAGAAGCAAGAGGCCGACCUGCGGAAACAACGCCUGCUGCUACGGGAGCUCAGGAGGCACCGCCUUCCUGCUCGUCCUGAUUGCCAUCGCCAUCUGGCUCGGAGUGCGGUACGGCGUCAAGCUGGUGACCAAUUCGCUGGACAACUCAGACAACCAGCCGAGCGUGACAGAGAAGGACACGUGUCCUUCCUCCACCGUUCAAUGCGAUGCGCAGAAGGACUGCGACCUGGGCAGCGAUGAGACCAACUGUGUGAGGUUUGGACCAGGCAGCACUCUUCAAGUAAAAAACUACAAGGAUGGCCGCUUCCUCCCGGUUUGUUUCCAGGGUUGGAGUGAGAGUUACUCCAACCAGGCCUGCGCACAGCUGGGCUUUAGAAAGAGUUAUAAGACAGAGAGUGUACAAAGUUCAUCAUCCACUGGCCUCAAACUGACAGGCAAGGCCUCAGACACCAUUCAAGGAGAGGUGGAUGUCAGCCCUUCCUGUCCUGGUCAGCAGACGGUCGUCUUGGAAUGCACAAACUGCGGGCAGCAGCAUACCACCUCCCGGAUUAUAGGGGGCAGCAUUGCACAGCUGGGACAGUGGCCCUGGCAGGUCAGCCUGCACUUCUAUGGCUCCCACACCUGCGGCGGCUCACUGGUGGCUCCGGACUUUGUGGUGACAGCUGCUCAUUGCUUUCCCAAGAAAACUUCUUCCUCCCUGGUGCCCAGCAACUGGCGUGUGUACGGGGGCGUGGUGUCACAGAACAGGCUAAACACUCCAUACAUGGUGCAAAAGAUCAUCAUAAAUGAAUUCUACGACCCUGACACCAAUGACUUUGACAUCGCUCUGCUGAAGCUCAAGCAGCCUGUGGAGUUCUCCAACACCGUCGGCCCUGUCUGCCUCCCCACCUUUGACCAGACCUUCUCUCCUGGGACCACGUGCUGGACGUCUGGAUUUGGGACCACAGAGGAAGGGGCAGCCAAAGGCUCCCCGGAUCUGAUGGAUGUGGCUGUGAAAAUUAUCGACACUUCAGUCUGUAACAGCAACACGGUGUACGGAGGUGCACUCACCCAGAACAUGAUGUGUGCGGGGGACCUCAGUGGAGGCAAGGACUCAUGUCAGGGGGACAGUGGGGGGCCACUGGUGUGUGAGGCUGAUAGUAAAUGGUACUUGGUGGGCGUGACCAGCUGGGGGGUGGGCUGUGGGCGGAGGAACAGACCUGGGGUUUACAGCAACGUCAACAGCCUCCUGCCCUGGAUCUACAGUAAAAUGCAGCAAGAUAGACCAUGACGUGCCUCUGCAGAUGACACUUUUUCCCAGUUCCCUCUGUGAAUCCUGCACCUUCUUCAUCUGACCAUGACCUGAACGGAUCUUCACCUCCCCGGGAGACACAGAGACAGACAAACAGACAAGACAGUUUGCUGCCAGUAGGAGAGGCACAUGGGCACAAUGCACUUAAUGAGGAUUACACUUCACAGUGUUUACGAUCUCAUGGCCUGUCAGCUACAGUAAAAUCAUUUGAAAGUCCCAGGGAGCCAGUGUAUUUCUUAAUCCUCAACACUGAUACCUGCUUGAGGAAAACACCUGAAAAUACCAGACCUUUUAAAUUCACCCUGACUCAUACAAAGACUUUGAUGUCCUCAUAAGGAUCUUCGAAAUGAAAUUCAAUCGCCCCCCAGGACCCUAACAGGCAGGGCUUUCUUGUUUCUGGUGACAUGUGUUAGGCUAUUUCUUGUGUUAUUUAUUGUUUUUCCUCUUUAUGCCGAAAAAGAGACCAGUCAGGCCAUGACUGCAGCACAAUGCUACCCGUUUGACCUUUUAUGGUUUUGUGAGCCUAAAUCCUGACUGCAUCUGUGCACUGAAUAUAUGUAAAUUUUAUGUAAAUACACUUUUUCUGUAAUGUUGUAUAUCUGUUACCUUAAUGGUGUUGUAACCACAGCCUGACAUAAGAUCUGUAUUAGUAAAUUGUGUGACAGACAGGCCUUUUUGGAAAGAAAAAAGAUUGCUGGUUGAUCCUGAGGCAGUUGCCAUAUGACCUCACAGGACUGUUCAUUUUUUAGCACUCAAACUCCAGUCAGGACAAGCUACCAGUGUAGCUAAAUAAUAUGUAUUUCCUUAGUUUGAAGGGUUUAUGGAGUAAUCUCUUCUGUAAAGAAUAGCACUUUUUGAACAGAUGUGUACAAUUGUAAGAUAAGUACAAUAAUGACAUUUGAAACUCUCCCUAUGUAGCCAUAAUUAUCUGGACUCAGUCCAGAAGAAAUUAAUAUAGUUUGAUUCAAAGAAUAAUCCAUCUUUUCUGUGAACAGCCACAGUGUCCAUAGGGACCUGUACGAUGUACUGCUGGAAAAUGAUGUACAGGUAGAUGUUACAUCAUAACGUUUAUUUUUCGACGUAUAAAAAUCUGACA